CAAGGAAAUGUUCGGUUCAACUGCUAAACCUGCCUUUAAAUCUCGAAAGGCGGUGUUUUCCCAUUUAGCGACAUGUUGAUCUUUCGCCGGCGAUGGAGAAAUAGUUACUUAUUCAUACUGCUUUACAUAAUCAUCUUCUUCAUGGUCAAAGAUUCCUUAUUCGGUGCUGUUCAGGAAUUCUUUAGCUUUAUUUUUCAGAGUGAACCCAAAAUCGAAUUGGCAACGGUCAUUCCGACGGAACCGCCCAUCACGAUACGGAAUGUGACCAAAAGGGAAUUGGUCCUUCUACAAGUUGUGUUCCGCCAUGGUCACAGAGCUCCGUUCAACUUAUACCCUAACGACCCACAUCCCGUGACAUUUUGGAAAGAAGGUUUGGGAAUGCUCACACAGCUAGGACGACUGCAGCAUUAUGUUGUUGGUGAUCAUCUGCAGAAGAGGUACAAAGAUUUUAUCACAACAAAUCCAACAGAGGUCGAGCUUCUGAGUGCUGAUGCCGACCGCUGUCAGUUCGGAGGAUUCGCCUUCGUAGCUGGCCUCUAUGCACCAUCCGAAAAUUAUAGCUUCACAAAGGAAUUGAGGUGGCAGCCCAUUAUCAGCAAGCACUAUCCAAACAGAGCAAACCGUUUUGUCCUUUCUCGGCGUAAAUGCGCCGUUGCCGCUGCUGAAGAGCACGAAUGGAAAGCUGGAAGAGAGGGAGAAGAUUUUCGAAACAGAUACCGGCCUUUCUACAAUUUCUGGUCGGAGCAUUCUGGUCGAAACGUCAAAGACUGGACUCGAGCUGCUGAUCUUGGAAAAACGCUUGCUUGUGAAAGAGAUUACAAUUUGUCGGUUCCGGAAUGGGGUAAGACGUACUGGGCUCAGCUAGAAGAGCAAGCUGGAAUCUCUUACUACUUUAAUUUCAGAACAAGACUCAUUCAAAGAUAUAGAGUGGGUCCUUUAAUCAGUUAUUUAAGGCAAAAAAUUGAACAAAAAGUGAAUGGAACUACGCCAGACAAAAAAGUGUACGUUUAUUCAUCGCAUGGCAGCAACAUAGCCUGUCUUUUACUUGCCAUUGGUGCGUACAACAUGCGCGCUCCCCCUCACGCCUCGACCCUGGCUCUGGAGCUGUGGCUGGAAGACGACAGGGACUACUCCAUCAGGUGGCUCUACUUCAACUCCUCGAACCCCGAGAAGCGGAUGGACGCCCCCUUCGUGAUGCCUGUCGCCGGAUGCGGAGAGCAGUUCUGUCCGCUGGACACCUUCUUCAACCUCACUUCCGAUCUCAUACCCGGAGAUUACUUACAGGAGUGCAACGACUUCUCAAUCAGGCUGAAAUUCCCUCUCCCAGAUUACAUUCCUGAGUCAUCAUCACAAAGAACGGAGCUUAACGUGAUCAUUUUGUACAUUGUUUUCAUUGUAUUUAUUUUCUUAAAUAAAAUGUGAAAAACUGCA